GGAAGCCGCACCCACCGGAGAGCCGGGGCUGCUUAAAGAGGGGCUGGGAUCGGCUUCUCGCAUCCCGGGAGCUGCGGGGCUCGGAGGGAGAAGGAGAGAAGGAUUUCAGGCCUUUCCUUCCUGAUUCCUCCUGAGUUCUCCAGGGGUUCCCAUCACCUUCUCCACACCCCACCGUGUGCCCCAGGCCUGCCGCUGUGCUGUGCUGCAUCCCCUGAGCUGGGGCCCUCGGCUGCCGGUGUCUGCUGGGAAGCCAAGGCUGGGAGCAAGUGGAGCAUCUGCUGAGAGCCAUGGCUUCGCCGGAGGGAACGCAGGAGGGGGAUACAAAGGCACAGCUCCUGGCAAAGGCAUUUCAGGAUGAAGGGCUGGAUGCUGGAUACUGGCUGCCCAAAGUGUCGCAGAUCCUGGGAAUUGAGUGCAGAGAAGCCCUGCAACAUCUGGAAUACGAAGACUACCUCAAGCUGGAGUGUGAGGUAAGGCACCCCUGGGAGAAGAAGGCACUCAAGAAACUCCUGAAAAUGGGAGAUGACAAAACAACCAGUAAAGAUGUGCAGAAGGAGCACUGGGAGAAGAGAAAGGAGAAACAAGAAUUGGCCAAAGAAGCCCUGAAUGAUCUGACAGAAAUGCUCAACAGCUGCAGCCACAGCCAGGAUGCUGUGAGGGAGAAAGCAGAGAAUCUCUUGCGGGCCAUGGAGAUUCCCCAAGAGUUCUGGCCAGCACCAAAGGAACCCUUGGCGGAUAUGCUGGAGAACAUCCAGAAGCAGCUGGAGCAGCAGGAGUUGUCAGCAGGCAGGAGAGAGAACAUCCCUGAUCUGGAGGUGCUGAGGCGGGCGUCAGGGGGACUGGCCCUGCAGGGCAUCUACAGAACCAGCAGACCUGGAGAUGCGCUGGCAAAGCGAGAUCAGCUCCUCAGGGUUCCUGAGGGAUUCCAGCUUGCCGGUCCGGAGCAAGGAUCGCUCCUUGAGAGGAAGGACUUCUCUUCCUCUGCAGCAGAAUCCUCUUUCACCAAGUCCAUGGAGCAGCUGGGGUUCAGCAUGAGUGUUUCUGCCAAAUUCAAGUUCUGGGAAAUUAAUCUGGGAGGGGGUGUAGAUGGCAGCAGCUCCUCGCAGUCACAGGACACCCACCAGUCCCGCUCUGAGCAGAGCUACUUUUGCAGCACCAGGUACCAGUACCUCCCUCUGGCCUCCUGCUACUUCCAAAGGCAUCAGCUUUGCCUCUCGGAUGAGGCUCUGCAGGAGCUGAAAAAGAUAGAGCCACUUUUGAGCUCCACUCGGGAAGAAGACAACGCCAUCUUGCUGAAUAGCACGUGUGAGAAGUUCUUCAGCAGGUUUGGGUCCCACGUAAACCAGGGUCCCCUCCACUUUGGGGGGAUAUUCUGGUGGAAGGCGUCUACUGAGGGAUUCCGAGAGGAGCAGAGGGAAGAGAUGAAGCGACAAACGUCUGAAGCUCUGAACAGCUUUUUCAGGGCCAGCUGGGGUGGCUUCCUGGCAAGUGCUGCGGGGGCCCUGGAUGUUUCUAAAUCCAGCUCAAAGGCUUCUGUCCUGGGAAGAGCCGGAGAGGGUUCCCAUACAGCGAUUCAGCUCUACGUGGUCAACACAGGGGGCCCACCAGACACAGCUUCUCUUCCUCAGUGGAGAACGGGGCUCGUGUCUGAUAACACAACGUGGUGCGUUAUCGACCGUGGGUUUGAGCUGAUCCCAGUGUGGGACGUCAUCCUGUACAAUCACAGCAAGGAUUUUAAGUCUGUGGGUCAGAUGAGCACAGCCCUCAGGGCUGCGUACAAAGCACUGACAAAUCUGAGCGUUGGCAGCAUUUUUGGAGAGGAUCUGGGCAGUGCAGUGCAAGAGGCCAGAGAUUUCAUGAGGACUCUGAAGGCCUGGGAGGUGCCGGUGGAUGAAAGGAAGCUUCUCAUGCUGAUGGAGCUAAAAGAUGAUCUGAGUGCCAAAACCGGGAACCCCAGUGUGUGGAUCAACGUGUGCCUGUCAGACAAAGUCCUGCAGGACUUCCUGGUGAACACCAUGCGGAGUUGCCAGGAGUCACCUCCAGAAAACACCAGAUUUAUCAAGGUAACAUUGAAAAGCCUCCUGACUCCACAUAUCUACUCUGUCAAGGACUUCCCUGAGGCUUCCUUCAUUAUGCAAUGGAUCUUCCAGACUGAGAACCCACUUCCCAACUCUCCCAAAGUCACUGAGCUUGAAGACCUCAUCAAAACACUGCAGCAAAUGAAGGAGCACAUCCAUGCUGUCUCCUACGCGCCAGGAAACUCUGCUUCCGCCAUUCAUGAAGCAAAGCGAGAAGCGACCCAGACCAGCAGCCUCGCCAUUUAUUCCUUACUCCAGUGUCUCCAGGAAAAGGCUCAGAAGGACAUGGAACUGUUGGUGCUCUUGAUUGUGAGCAGCACAGGGUACCAGGUGGAAAGCAGCACUUUUCAGCACCUCCUUGGACACCGAGAAAUUGAGUACAUGGCCAAGGAAAUGGAAGUGGCACAUGAGGAGUACGUGAACCUGAAGGAGCAGGAUGCUGACAGAGCUGAGGCCUCUCUUCUGCUGAAGGGUCUGACUGUGACACCAGAAAGUCAAGGGCUGUCCCCUGAGCAGAAGAGGGAGCGUUUAAUUUUCAUGGAAGAUCACAUGAAAGGUUUGUGGUCCACACGGAUAAAGAAUCUGCUCCAAAAGCACAGUGGAGGUGAAGACUGGGAGAGGCUGGAACAGGACUUGCAUUCCUUGAUCAGUGGGUGCUUGGAUGACAACGGGGAUGAAGAGAGGAUGCAGAACAUACUCAGAGACCUGGAAGACACUUUUCCAACAUCUGAACACCCUAGCCACUCUCAAACUACCUCAGACAGCAGCCAAUCCAAAGCAAAUGAAGCCAUUCCAAAGGAGGAGUUCCUCCAGCUGCUCAAGCGCCUGGGACUGGAAAGUCAGUAUCCACGAAGAAUGGGGAUGGGAGAUUUCCACACCAUCUGCAGGACAUGUCUGCAGGACAGCCAGCCCAGCCAGGACACGGAGCUGCCAGGUUACUUCCUGCAAAAGCUGUUUACCGUGGAUUACCACAAGGUGAGGUACCUGACUUGCUGGGAUGAGAGCAUCCGUGGCCUUGCACCUGUGCCAGUAACUACAAAGCAAGAGGAUGAACUGUCAGAUUCCUUUGAUAACUUUCUUGAUGAUUUGGAGGAAGCAGCCCCUGAAUGUGUGAGCAGGGACAGCCAUGUGCACCCCAUGGACCUGCAGAUGGCCAUUUUCCACUGUGCUGAUGACUUCCUGAGACAGACCCUUGCAACCAAGCUGGCCUUCUGCCAACUGGCACUGCCUCUGCUGGUGCCCAACCCAUGCACUUCACGCAUCGAGUUCCCGCUCUACGCCCUCAGCCAAAUCCAAAGGAGCUGGAAAGAGGUUGAGAAGUCAGGAGAGCAGGCCCAAACAAAGAGUUACAACAACAAACUCAUCUUUCAGACACAGACACCCAUCGUGUCCUUCAUCCGCAUUGGCAGCUUGGCCUCCUCUUCCAAGUCUCAGCUCCUGAACGCUCUGCUGAGCGAACGCAAACACAACACUUUUUUCCACCGCCACUGCAGAGGCAGCACCAGGGAGCGUUUGCUGAUGGAAGGGGUGGUGGAGAUUGCCUGGUACUGCCCCUGUGGAAGCCCCGAUGACACCUUUGAGCGCUGCGUGGCUUUCUGCAACCUGCAUGGAGAUGCCAGGAAGCACAAAGCACAGCUGCAGUUCCUGCAGGAGAUAUCGGCUGUCAACGUGGCUCUGGUGUCUGAUUUGGAGCACAUGGACAGCAGAGAGAAAAAGCUUCUGCAGGACCUGUGGAAGUCACAAAGUCCUUUGGUUUGUCUUGUCACGGAAAAAGAGAACGUUGCACCUGGACGAUCAAGUACAAAAAUAAAAAUCGGGAUCAGGAACAGAAACGAAGCAGAACUGGUGGUGCAGCUGAGCAAAACAAUUGGGAAUCUCCUGGCAGUGUCUAAUACACAUUUCAGCCUGGACGCCUGUGCGGACAAAGCUCGCCAGCACGGAUUCAUAGUGGAUGCAGAUCAACCCGGGUGUGUGGCAGCCAAAGCAAAGGCAAAGGAGCUGGUGGAGCUUCUGAAGAAAGAGAAGCUGUCGGAGAUCAAAUCCCAGCUGCUGCCGCUUCAAGGAAAACUGUGGUACCAGUGGUGCAAAAAGGACAAAGAACUCACUCGCUUGCAGGAGAAGGGGAACAAGAGCAUUGAGCAUCAUCGCAGCCAAAUUGAAAAUGAGAAGAAAGCACUAAGAAGAAAGCAACUUGAGCAAGCUUUCCCCCUCAACCCACUGAUGAAAUCAUUCCUUGGCUUUCUCAAGGGCCAGCCAGCAGAUACCAAGAAAUAUUUCCUGCAGUGGAUGAAGGUCUUCAUGGAUGAGCUGUCCUGUGGUCACCUUGAAAAACUGAGAAGAGACGAGUUAUGGACUGAAAUCUCGACAGGAAAGAAAAACCAGCUGCUGAAUCAGCUGGAUUCCAUCUCUGAUGAAAUCAACAAUUCAUCCAUCGGCCUGGAGCACCUUCUGAGAGAGGUAGGGCAGAUUUACGAAGCUCUGCAAUUAAUGAACUCCAAGGAUGAGCUUUAUGCCAAACUGCCGGAAAUUGCAGCAGAACUGAUGGUUUUGGGUUAUCCCAUGGAGCUGAUGGAUGGGGACGCUUCUUACCUGCCCUUGCGCUGGGUGGGAGCCAUCUUUGACAGCUUAAUGGAGAGGCUGGGGGACAAACGAGUGUUUGUGCUCUCCGUGCUGGGCAUCCAGAGCACAGGCAAGUCCACCCUGCUGAAUGCCAUGUUUGGUCUGCAGUUCAGUGUCAGCGCGGGGAGAUGCACCCGCGGAGCCUUCAUGCAGCUCAUCCCAGUGGGCGAGGAGCUGCAGCAAGACUUGGGCUUUGAUUUUGUGCUGGUGGUUGACACCGAGGGGCUCCGUGCUAUUGAGAUGGCCAAUAAACAGUCCCUGAACCAUGACAAUGAGCUGGCCACCUUUGUCAUUGGUGUUGGCAACAUGACUGUGAUCAACGUGUUUGGAGAGAACCCAUCAGAAAUGCAAGAUGUUCUCCAGAUUGCUGUGCAGGCUUUCCUGAGGAUGAAGAAAGUCAAUCUUUCGCCCAGCUGCCUCUUUGUCCACCAAAAUGUGGGAGAAGCAACUGCCAAGGAGCAGAACAUGGAAGGCCGAAGGCGUUUGCAAGAAAAGCUGGAUGAAAUGACCGUGAUAGCUGCUCAGCAGGAAUUCUGUGACAUCUCCUCCUUCAGCGAUGUCAUUGGCUUUGAUGUGAACACCCACAUUCACUACUUUGCUCACCUGUGGGAAGGAAACCCCCCAAUGGCACCACCCAACCCCACCUACAGCCAGAACGUCCAGCAACUAAAGAGCAAAAUCCUCCAGGCUGCCAAGAAGCAGUCACAGCGCAGCAUUUUGAGGCUCUCGAGCCUGAAAGAUCGUAUUGGUGACCUCUGGAAUGCUUUGCUGAAUGAAAACUUUGUUUUCAGCUUCAAGAAUUCCCUGGAGAUUGCUGUGUACAGGAAACUGGAAAGUGCCUUUAGUCGGUGGACCUGGAAGCUGAGGAGUCACAUCUUAGACAUACAGAUGAGACUGGACAACCGAAUUCGGAAUGGGGACUUGCAGAAUGUCACCAGAGAACACCUUGAAGGGCUGGUGCAAGAGACAAGUGAUGGCAUUGAGAAAGAAGUGGAGAAGUAUUUCAGGGAAGACAAAGACUAUGAGACACUGGUCCAGUGGAAAUCAGGCACAGAGCUGAAGCUGAAAGAACUAAAAGAGACUCUUCUCCAUGAAACAAAGAAGAAAUGUGAGAGUCUUAUAGAGCUACAGAAGGAGCAGAGGAAACUGGAUGCAAGGAAGUUGGAAUAUGAAGAUGAGCUCCUGAGAAGGAGUAGGGAGCUGGCUGUGACUCUGAAAGGGAAGAGCCUGAGUGAGAGAGAACUGAGGGACAACUUCACUCCUGUCUGGAACAAGUGGAUUGCCGAAGUCUCCAGUGCUGCUCGUCCUCUGGAACAGGUGAAUAUAGAUUCAGACAUUGAAGAAGUCCUUCUAGAGCACUUUAAGGAGCCAGGUUUCCAUGCACGGAUCAGGUCACUUCCCAAAAGCAGUGGAUUUUCUUUUGACUUAGAGAAACAUGUCAUGAAAAAAGAGCAUUUUCGCUUUACCUCAGAUCCCAGGAUCAUUUCCAAUUAUGAUGCUAUCAACUUUCAGCACAUCACAGACAACAUCAUAGCGUGUGUGAAGGCAAACAUUGAUAAGAAGGAACAGGAAAAACGGGAUUACAGUCGAAAUUUUAUCCAUGAAAUACUCAAUGAAGUAGAGAAUGGUGUGAACUCCGUCCCCAGCCAUGCCAAAUGUACUUUUAACAGAGAGUACAGCAUAGCUUUGUCUCUGUAUCUGUGCAAAAUGGCAGCGGAAAGAUUUAAAGCCAUGCACAAAGCAUUCCAAAGGGCAAAUGACCCAGUUGUGUACCUGAGCAGCAAGAGAGAAGAGUUCUUCCAGUGUUUCCAGAUUUCCUGCCAAGGAGCCACAUCAAUCACAACUUUUGCUGUUUUCCUUUGUGACAAGAUUGAAGCGGCUCUUCGCCGGGUGGUCUAUGAGAGGACAGCUAAAGCCAUUGCUGAGGACAUGCAGGGCAAAUUCCCAGAUUUCAGGGGCAACAGAGCCAAUCUGGAAGUUUGCAUCCUUAGAUACCUGGCAGAACAAGAAAAUUUUCAGUAUUUCAAGGAUUAUCUUAAUUUCCCAAAAGAAUUUUUUCAGAAAUACAUUGAAACACGAGUUAAGAAUUACUGUUUAGGUAAGAGUGGGAGACUGGAGAACUUUUUAGAUUGCUCCCUAAAUCUUCUCUAUCGAAAUAUCCUGUCAGCUGUUUCUUUAUCAACCCAAAUUGUCAAGGACAGAAAAGACAGAGAGAACAAAGUCUCUCUUUGGCUGGAUGAAUUUUGCAGGGAACUGACAGAGGUGAUCAACUUGCCCAGAAGUGACCUGAAGGGCAUCGAGCAGCAAGAGGUCACAGACACUGAGUUCCUGAGCAGUGCCAUGGCAGAAGCUCUGGAUGACCUGAGGGACAGGCUCAGGAAGGAAUUUGCUGGUGCUGAUAUGAGCUCAUUUGCAACACAGCCUCACACCAUCCUGGUGGAGCAGUUUUCAGGGUGCUGGGAGCAGUGUCCAUUUUGUGGGGCUGUCUGCACAAACACCAUGCAGGGACAUGAUGGAGACCAUCAGCUGGUCUUCCAUCGCCCACAAGCUUUGAUGGGAACCACAUGGCGGGUACAGGCAUUACAUGGUUUUGAUUAUGAUACACAAGAACUGAACAUUGAUAUUUGUUCCAGCCUUGUUUCAAGUGACUGUGAAUUCAAAUUUUGUGGCCGCCCAUGUGUCCGUUACAAAUUAUAUCGUAAUGCAGGACCUCCUUUUUCCAGUUGGAACAUUCUUCCUGAUUCAUCCAUGCAGGCGUACUGGAAAUGGUUUGUUUGUCAUUUCAGGGCACAGCUGGAAGCUUUGUACAAUGGGAAAUUUCAGGGCAGAGGAAAAAUCCCUGAGGCAUGGCAGAGAAUUACCAAGCAGGAAGCACUGGCCGAGCUGGACAAGCGUUAGGCCACAUCCAUGGGAAGGAAGAACCACAAGGGCUUUGCAGUUUAGGAGAACUUUGUAGCAGGCUCUCCACAAAUUCAGUUACAAUGAUGAUGUUCUCAAGCCCAAUGAAGAGAAUGGUAUCCAACUGCUCCCAAGUUUGGUGAAAUAAGGAGUGUUACUGUGGCUGUUGCUCAGGAACUCCCUUGCUUGAUGAGAAAGCCAGAAUCCUCUUGCCUUCUUGCCAUAAAUAUUUCCCUCUGCUUUGUCCUAGAGCUAAACCUAAGCCCCUCCUUGUGGCGAUCGGCCUCGUGGCCAAGCCUGAGCUUGAGGGCCAGGGCAAGGGCAGAGGCAGCACUCAGAGCACCCCUUGGAUCAGGUGCUGUGAGACAGGAAGAGACAGUGCCCCCAAGGCAGUUUUCCUGCAGCAAGGAGGUGUCCUGCUCAGAGAAAGGGCUGCAGGACCUGAGGCCAGCUCCACACUGGCUGCAAGCUGGGCUGCUUGGCUUUUGGGCAUCAUCCUUCCCUCCCUCACUGCAGCUUCCUGGAUCAACUGAGGCCCUUCUCCCAGCAGGAGCUGUUGUGCCUCCGGCCUCAGGAAAGCAGGGACACGAUGGCCCUGGGGCUCAGGCAGUGCUGCAGCCCCGCUGGCCAUGCGAGGGCCAAUCCCUGCUGGAGAGCUGGCUGAAGGGCUGCUUCAGCCUCAUGCCCUGCAGGCUCUGCUAAUAAAGGAGUUGAUUUGGACCUCCCUGCUCUGUGUCCCCUUUGUGUUCAGGGCAGUCACAGCUGGGGGUGACUGGAGACAGGCAGGGGACAGGGGGUGGCACUGGGUGAAUUCCUAAGGCCUGAACAACGGGCCCUGCCUGGGGCCUGAACGUUGGGCCCUGAACCAAAGUUGCCCAGUGGGUGAACCUUUCCACCAAAAGUGAUGUGUAUGCACUCAUUAGGAAAGCAUUAUUAGCUAUGUUAAAAAAAGACUGCAAUAUGAUACUGGCUUUUGUAUAUAUAUAUAUUAGUUUCUUCAUUGUACAGAAUAUUUAGAAAAUAGUUUCAUAUAUACCUUUAUUUAGCUGUUAGUAUAAUGUAAUCUACAAGUUUAAAUAUGUGUUGCAUAUCUUAUAGAGAUAGUAGUGUGGUGAAUACAUGGUAUUAUAGGCCUUAAAUAAACACCGGGUGUUAGAAUACCUCUGUGUAACCAAAACAAAUAGUGUAAGGCAAUCAUGUUGCUCCCCCUUCUCUGCAGACUAAAUUCUCCAGGUGAUAACCGUGACACAAAUCAGAGCACAAGAGGGCAAUUAGAAAAUACUGUGUUGAAUUUGAAGUGGACAUACUAAACCCUUAAUAGAGAACGUUAAAGACCAUGAUGGAGACACAAGAAUGAAUAAAAUAUAUUAACUUGGCACGCAGAAUAUCAUGUAGAUAAACUAGAGUAUGAAGAAACCAAACAGAAGAAUUUCUGUAACAUCAAACUUUUCACAAGAAAGUGUAAAUAAUGUAUAGACUUUAUGAAUAUGCAUCUUCCUCAGUUAGGUAUUAGUGUAAAGAUGACAAUAUCAGUGACUACUCGUGUUUUCUUUUGCUGUUUGCCAGGAGCAACCGGCACUGGACUUUUGUCUCUUAUUUUGUUCCCUAUUGCACUUUAAAAAUUCUGAAGCGUUAUUGCAUUUUUCACAGCCAUAUGAUAAAUGUAUCUCCUCAUUAACGAAGCAUCAUUAACAAUAUGAUCUAUGAAUGUGCUCAUUAGUGAAACAUGCAUUUAUCUCUCCAUAUUUACAGAUUGGACAAGGUCCAUGAAAUCUGACAUCUGUCCUUGUUUGGGGGUGUAGGAUCAAAGACAACUCCCUUGGUUCCUGCUUUAGCCCAGGCCAGGCUUUGGGAGGAACCCAAGAUGAGAAAGAAAGGAGAUGUUUCUGCACUAGAAGUGAUGUCAGCUUGGUUAUUGAACAAUAUAAGAACAGGAUCCUCUCACAGUGCAGUUGGAAGCCUCGUUGCCUGCAGGUGGACACCCCACAGUAAUUCCCAGUUACCGAGAGGGGCUCUCCGUUCCUUCACUGUGACAGGGGCUCCCCCCAGCUGAUGUGUGGAGCUGGAGGAUGGUAAAGUCUUGGGGUAACUGGAGAUGUAAUGUGUGUCAUCUCUGUAUGCAAUCUUUUGUAGUAAUGAUGAUGUGCCUUGUUGAGAUUGCCAUCCUUUUGUGAUUCUUGGCAGUUUUGCACUACAGUAAAUGACACCUCUUCCUUAAGUUGAUGCCUGUUUCUUUUGUGCUGACCCUGCUGCCUGGCAAAACACUGGGUGAGGGUCUGGGAGACGGGGUGUGGCAACAGAGGCUGUGCUCCAUUCAGGGCCUCUGCUCCAGGAGCAGCUUCACUGUCUGCAGGGACAGCAGAGAGGGCAGGAAGCCACAAACCACAACACCCAGGGACACCAAUGUCAGUGGCAGGUGCCAAGCAACGCAGUGCUGGGAACCAGGGCUGGCCUGUCACACACAGGGAGGGCUGAGAAGGUUGAUCCCAGUGAGGGUCUGUGCUCUGGAGCUGCUCAGCUGGGAACAUGUGGGACAAAAGGGGAAGGGGCCCAAAUUCUGCCAAGCCCGGCCCUGGCCAAGUUGACCCAGAGCCAGUGACAGGAGCCAGAGCUGGGCCGUGUGUGCGUGUGCUGCAAGGGCUGAGUGCCAAGGACUGGGGACACCUGGGCUGGGAGGGGAUUUGUGUGGCUCCUGGAGCUAGACUGGGAGUGGAGGUGACCCUGGCCAUGGUGUCAUUUCCUGGGCUGAGUGGGGAAUGUCCCAGUGCAGCUCUUGGUGUGAGUGGGGGGGACCCAGUGCCACAGCUGGGUGCAGA